GAGCCACGUGUGCCAGGUCCCUGCCCACAAGGCUUUGGAGCUCCUGAGAGGGUCUGAACUGGGCUCAGGGAGCUGGUAGCUUAUAUAAAGCAGCAGAAACUUGCCUGAGCAGAGCGACCAGCAGUUGGCACCAUGAAGAGGACACUUCUUGUGCUGGCCUUGCUGGUGACGGGAGAGCUGAGCAUCUGGAAGGCGGAAGCGUGCCCUAUUUUUUAUGGAAUCUUUGGUGCGAUGGCCCUUGGAAGCCCCAUGUUACUGGAUCUCUCUCUUUUUCUGGCCAAGGCUACUGAACCCGAAAAAGCAGCCUUAAGAAAAAUUCAGGAUUGCUACAACGAGGCAGGAUUCGUAUCAAAAGUUCUGGAUGCCAUUGUCCUGGGUACCAUUGCUACCAGCAAAGAAUGCAUUGCCAACACAUUGGAAAUGAUGAAGAAGGACGUUCAUGAAGCCUUGUCCAUUCUGAACCCUGUGGAAACAUGAAUCUUUGCCACUGAUGCCUGACCCUCGGUCUACCUCCCUGCUCUGUCUCCUUAUCAUCUGAAGCUGGAAUCCAGAC